AGCCUGGGUUUAGAUGAAGUCAAGACAAAUCAUGGCAAAUGGCGAAAGUACCGACAUUAUGUGAAGUAUCUUACGAUUCAGCAUGGAAUUAUGAUGAUAACUUUUAUACGCCAUUCAGAUUACCAAGUGCAAACAGAUCCAAACAUGGAAAUCUCGGAUAUGGUGGUCGUUCUUCAGUGGUGCCACUGGCAGUGGAUGAAAGACGACCAAGUUUUAGUUGUGUCGGUGUUUUGAAAUCUGUUGAUAGUGCUCAGGAUACAUAUUACGAAUUUCUUAGAGAUUAUUAUAUUGAACAUAGUUCAUCUCCAUUGACAUUUUAUUCUGGCAGAUAUAGUAGGGGUGGAACUAUACCAAGUCCUCAACUACCUCCUAGACCAUAUUCUACAGUGCCAACACUGCCUGAUUCUAAUUAUAUUGCACCAAUACAUUAUGAUUCGAAUCCUGUCACAUACCCACUAUCACUUCCUGCUUUAUCUAAAUUACAUCAUGGUGAAGAGAAUCCAGAAGCUUCCCCUUACGUUGAUGAAAAGUUGAUAUGGGUUGAUACAUUAAAUGCCUGGAUAUCAGAGAAAAAGUUAAAAGAGAGCAAGCCCUAUGUUAGUUUUAUUAACAAUCCACCGUAUGUAGAGAAGUUGUUUACUGCUACAGAGGGUCGGAAAAUACACAAAUGUCUGAAAUGUCACCGCUAUGAAGAUCAUAUGUAUAAUUAUAAAAGAAAACUAUCAGCAUGUACUUGUCGAAGAAAACCAAAUAUAGAAUCAGAGUUACACAGAAGAGCGGUUUUAGACAGAAGAGAAAAACUACGUUCUGAAUCACCAUCAAAAAGAGCACAAAGAAAAGCUUAUUCUACACCUUUAUGCAACACACAUGCUCAGAGAAAAGUUCAGUUUGUACCACUAUCAGCCCGGAAUGACUAUGUAUCCAGAAAUGUCCCCAGUCCUUCCUCACCUAUACCAAGUUUAAAAGAUGUUAAAAUUGUGGAUGGGGACAGUCAGAAAAAUGUCUCAUUUAAAGAUGAAAAAGAAGAACAGUAUAAAGACAAAAUAACUGAAGUUUUUGGUUUAGAUACACACUCUUCAGAAUCAGAUUCAGAAGAAAUCCAUGAAUUUGUCAAGCAGAUCAUUGCAGAGGAACUUGAGAAUCAUUUUAAAGAGACUCAACCUGAACAUAGUGAUCAUUCUCCAAGUCAAAUAGUAGUAGCUAGUGACUCUAGUCAGUCAGUGAUUACUGCUAUUAGUAGUGUAGCAGUAAAUAUUAAAACUGAUGCAGAGAAAUCCAAGACAAAAAAGGAGGUACCAAAACUCUUUGUCAGAAGACAGCAAAAAGCACCAACACCAGCAAAAACAAAACAAGAAAGCUCUAAGCAACAAUUACCAAAUAUUCCCCAAAAAGAAGAGACUGUUAAAAAAGCCCCCCCUAAAAAACCAGCACCUGAACCAAUACCUAUAGACUAUGAUGAAAUAAGAGAAGCUACAGCCAGAUUAAUGCGUAAAAGUAUACGUAUUAGUCUAUAUAUAAAGAAAGAAAAAGACAAAGCAACAAAAGUUUCAAGACCUGCUGCACCUCAGCAAAAACCAAAAGACAAAUUAUGGAAAGCAUUACCGAAAUUUGAACUAAAAUCAUCAAAAUCAAAGAAAUCUGGCUUAAAGAAGAAACAAGAUUCAGCUGCUCGGAUUAUUUUUAAAAAUGAAGAAAAAUCCAAGACUAAUAUAACAAAUCCUAAGGAACAGGACAAGGUACAGAUUAAAAGCGAUCCAGUUCCUCAAGAACAGGAACAGCAGCUAAAAACUACUAAGCAGCCAAAGAAUCGGCUCAAGAAGCAGUUAAGUAAGCAGUUAAUUAAGCAGAAAAGUAAGCAACUAGAUAAACAAGUCCAGAGGCAGGUACACAAGAUGGAAAAGGCUGAUGUACAAGUACAUGAUGAUGUACCAAUAACAAUGAUAUCUACUAUAUCUGUACCAGUACCACAAAUUAUCAAACCACUUCCACUACCACCAUUACCUGUGGUGAAAGGACCAGUCUUGACCCAUGGAUAUACAACUAAGCCCAAAAGAGAAAUCAUUAAACCACAACCACUACCCGUAUCACUACCAGAAGAUCUAGCUAUAACUCCACCACCUGUGUCAGUACCAACUACACCAGUAGAUAAAUCUGUUGAUACACAAACAGAUCAACCUGGUACACCACCACAAUCACGACGUGAUACACAAUCUGUAGAAGAUGGGGGAGAUGAGGAGAUGAGUAAAAAAUCUCGCUCUCCUAUCAAGAAGAAAGAAAGAGUUGCCCGUGACAAACAUGAAGUAACAGAAGACAAUCUACCAGAAGGACCAGAUCUUUCACUACGUAAACAAUCAUCCUGGAUCUAUGGCUCCAACUCAGGAUCAGAGAUUGAUGUCCAAUCUGGAAGUCCAUCUAGAACAAUUAAAUUUGAUCCAGCUGCUCUCCCUACUACCCCUGAUGUACCCACACUGACUAUAGACGACAAAAAACGACCAUUAAAAACUCAUGUGAUCAACAAAAAGUUAAUGCCUGUUACUGAAAAUAAAAAACGCUGGGGUGCAAAGAAAUUUGAUACUUCUUAUGAAGAUGAACAACGCAGAGCUGAAUUAGCUGAAAGACGACGUAAAAAACAAAUGUUAAUGUAUGAGAAAUUAAAAUUGUCCAAGAUGGGGAAUACAGAUAUAAAGGAAGAAAAUGGUAAAAAUGGUGCAUCUUUUGGUGACUAUGAUUUUCUGUCUAAAUAUUGUAUAUUUGCUGCAACCAAUAAAGAUAUGCUUCACCAUGCUUUCAAUACAGUGGAUGAAAAUGGAACAGGAUGGAUAGAUUGUGCUGGAACGAUGGUAGCUUUACGUAGUAUUAAUAAUAAAUUAACUUAUACAGAAGAAGAAUAUUUAUACAGGGUGAUGGAAAUGACUGGCUAUAAUGUAUCUCAUGGUGCCGAUUUUAAAUUAUUUUCUAUAUUAGCUGCUUUAUCAACUAGAAUAUCACUCUUAGAUGAGUGGAUGAAGAAUAUAAUUGGUCAAAUGGACUUCCAGACUCUUGAAAUGAAACUGUUUCUCUGUAAGACAUUAUGGGAAUGUAAUGUAAAUCGAGAAACCAAUACUAUACCAAUAGAACAAUUAAUAAUUGAGUUAAGAGCUGGAGGUGUUAGUUAUCAACAUGAAUGUCAAGUACGCAAAAAACUCAGUCAUCUUAAAGCAUUAGAUUUAUUUGACUUUUUAACUUAUGUUCCAUUAUUUAUAAUGAUACAUGAAUCAGUUGUGGACAAUCCUUUAAAUGAUACAAGGAAUAAAUAAUGUUGCUUUUUAGGCCUCUUAACCAAUAGGUUUGAUCAAUUCCACAAUUAGUAUUGAAAGCUUCUCUUAUGCAACUGGAAUAAAAUUAAAGCCACUGAUUUUUUUUUUUUGCAAAUGAUGGUCCAAGGAUUUGUGUGUGUGGUCGUAAAUCUAAAAUAUAGUAUUUUUGUAUUUUACAUUGUUCUGUUAUAUUGUUAAUGUUUUGUAAAUUAAACUGUAAAUAUGUAU